AUAUGGAGCAUCACUACCAAAAACAAACUCAAAAUGUUCAAUCGUACGUUCGUUUUUCUGUUCUUCUGCAACUGCAUUUUCCAAUUAGUGCGAAGCUACGAGGACACUCCAAAUUUUUUCCUGUCAGCCAAGAACGUCCCUAGAAUUGGCAGGAACACCAAAGGCAACUCAGAUUUCGAAAAAUUCUUCCUCAAGGCUUCAAAAUCUGUCCCGAGGAUCGGAAGGCGAAAUGACAAUUCAAUUCAACAUGAUGACUAUGCUAAAAAUAUGGUUCAAAAAAAUUACAAGUACCCAGCUUGGUCCGAAUUGGCAGAAAAAUUCGAAUAUGAACCUGAAUUGUUUUCCAACCCAGCCUACUUGGAGCAACUGGAAGAAAUGCUAGGAGAUGAUCCCAACGUGUACGAGGUUGACAAAGUGAGGAUGAAGAGGGAGGUUCCUGGAAGAUUCGCAAUGAAGCAAAAUGGCGCCUAAUAAUAUGGGGCAGAAAUCGAGAAAGGCAUUUUUGAGUAUGUAAUAGAUGUAGUUUUAGGUAUACGAGUUCCUUAGGUUAUUUGUGGAAGUUACCAUAUUGCUUCGGUGCAGUUGCUGAUGACUAUACCGUAUUUUGUGUCUACUAUGUGUAUUAUUAAACAAAUUGCAAUU